AUAUUAGUCACAAGCAAACAAGUGUAAAUCAUCUCUAUAGUACUACACAUUCGAAAGAGCAAGAUAAUGGGUUCCAAUGUUUCAUCUGUGCAUGAUGUUCCUUCAUCGAUGGAAAGCAAGAAUGGUUUUGUUGUGGAAAUCGAAUCAAGAAGACAAUGGAAAUCACUCUUUGAUUCCAUGAAAGUCUCAAAUAAGUUGCUAGUGAUUGACUUCACAGCUGCAUGGUGUGGACCUUGUAAGGCUAUGGAACCUAGAGUUAAGGAGAUCGUUUCAAGGUACCCGGAAGCUGUUUUUGCAAGGGUUGAUGUGGAUAGACUCAUGGAUGUGGCUGGGACAUAUAGAGCAAAUACACUUCCAGCUUUUGUGUUUUUGAAGAGAGGAGAAGAGAUUGAUAGGGUUGUUGGAGCCAAACCUGACGAACUUAUGUACAAAAUUGAUAAACAUAGGGUUUAAGAUUUUACAUUUCCUUUGAAGAACAAAAUAUUAUACUGUUUUGAGUGUUUGUGUGUCUGUUUCAUUGUCUGAAGUUGAGGUUCUGGUUUGCUAUUUACUCAAAUGCUUAUGAAUAAAAAUGUAGAAAAACUGAUUCGCCACUCAUGAGG